GAAACGUUUGCUUGGAGUGCAGUUAUUUUUGUUGUGUGUCUAUCUAUGUUCUGUUCAUUAAUUGUGAUACGGUUAAAAUAAUACAUGAGCUAUUCUGUAGUGAAAUACAAUAUUUAACUUUGUAAAGUGACAUGUGAUGGAGUUAUAUAAUAUAUUAAACAGUGUCACUUUUGUGUGAAAAAAAGAAGUCUUAUCAUGAAAUUGAAACAGACGUGUAUCGCUAUGAAGAUAGCGGAGCUGAGAUGGUUGUGGGAAUCGUGCAACAAAACUGAGAUGAAUCAAGGCGGUCUAAAGCACGCAGCCACCGAGUCACGUCUCGACAGCAAACGGGAACGAAGGCGUGGUGCUUCAGGUAGAGCCGCUGCCUUACGCCGAGCACCUUCAGACUCGGACUGCUCCGGGGAAACGGCUUCCCUGUCGGCUGACAGCGGCGAUCGAGCCGUGAGGCCGCCGCCGCCACCCACCCGAGUUACCAAGUCGCGCAGCAGCCGGCGACGUGGUAGCGAAUGGGAGGUCUUGGAGGGACUGAAAGAUGGGCAGCGGUUCGAGAAACGACCCGAUGUCUUCAACGGUUACCUACAUAAAAAGCGCAAAUGGCCCCUGAAGGGGUGGCAUAAGCGUUUCUUCGUGGUGGACGGCGGUAUUCUUGUCUACGCCCGGUCGCCUACAGACGUGGCCCGAGGUCGUCUCCACGGGUCCGUGGAUGUUGGCCUUUCUGUGAUAUCGGCGAAGGCGCGCCGGCGACGCAUCGAUAUAGACGCCGAUGAAUUCAUAUACCACCUGCGGGCUAAGACCGCUGAUGUGUUCCGCACUUGGCUCAACGUGCUUAAAGCGCACAGACUCUACAGACAGCACUUACUUACGUUUGGUGCGCGAGAGUCAGUACCGAAGAUCCAUGCACCACUCGAUGAUUUGCCACCCACAGAUACUUCAUCACGCACUUCUCAAAUGAGCACAGAAACAGGCUUUGUCUCCAACGAAGAUUUUCAUGACUCCGUCCAAAACUUGUCCUUUCGAAAAUCAAACGAUAUUGAAUUUAAUAGCCCUAAGCUCAAAGUGAAAAGUCCUGACCUUGAUUGGCAUUUCCUGAACAAGGAGGAGAAAUAUGUUUUCUUUAAUUUCCCGAACCCAAAUAACGGUGUUGUAACUUUAAACAAUAUCAUGAACAAAAGGAACAGAAGCCUAUGCUCAAUGAACUGCGUAGCGAGAUUCAAUCGAGACCGUUUACAUCAGAAUAGUCCCCAAGAUUUAUCCCAAGUGAGCACCAAUAACGAGCAGCAAGUUCACAUUACUGAUCUGGAAUCCAUCCAUUCAAACAUAAGUAAGAGUAACAAAACCGUAUUAGAUAUUAAAAACUGUGAAAUAACCGAUUCCAGAAAUCUUGACAAAAAUCCUGAACCUGCAUGUUACUUUUUCUCUCAUAAAAAGCGUAAAUCUGCUCAAGUCGAACUCGGUGAAUCUCUGUUGAAAAAUAGUAGGAAAUCUACUAACCUUGUCAAAUACAGGAACGUGCUUAUCGAGCCUCGUUUAAAAAGACCAAUUAGCAAAUGUCUGUUAUUGAAGAACUACAGGUUUUCUAAAUCUGAAUCAAGGAAAUAUUCUUUCAAAGACAUUGGAUGCGAUCCCAUUCCAAAAGAAUACAAUGACGUAGAAGCUACUGUUAGUAACUUCAAUAAAGUGCACAAAUCGGUUCAAAACCUUUUGUCUGCAACCGACUACGAUAAAAUUACUGAAAGAAUUAUGGUAUCGAUAUUUGAGAAGCAUAAAAUAGUCAAUAAUGCUAAAGAUAAGGAAGUUAAAUAUUAUGUCAAACAAAUCGUUAGAGAGUUGUAUGAUGUCAAAUUUAGUGAAACUGAUAUACAUCCAGUUAAAGUGUUGUUCAGAUCCCUACUAGAAUACUGGUUGACGAAUACGAGCGAGCAACCGUUUCAAGAAGCGAUCAGACGCGUCAUAUCUGUUGGAAAACCAUCAAAUAAUUAUUUCACUCGAGAUAAAAUGUUGUCAAGUUAUGUAUUAACUAAAGCAACAAAACAAACUCAAUUUCACGGCAUCAGUGAUUUCAUGAAUUCGAUUAUUGAAUCUAGGGAUGCAAAGCGUUUGAAAAGUUUAGGUAAAAAUAGAAAUUCCAAAAAACCUGUAAUACGCUGUCACAGUCCUAAACGUGAUACCGAAAGCUUCGAAAAAGAGAGGCGUAUUCAAGAACUUGAAAGAAUACUGAAAAACACAGUGUACGUAUGCGAAACAGUUCGGAGUGAUCAAAACAAAGAAAAAGAUAUCAUUAUAACAAAGAAACUAUUAGACAAUCUAGAAAAUAAAUCUAAUAGAUCUAUUUUAGACAAUAUUAAAGAAAAUUCAAAUUCUUCGACUGAAUUACCCAAAAUACAAGAGACAAUAAACCAUUUGAUAAAUGACACAGAGAUACCACCUGAUGUGGCUAAAGAGUUUUUCGGCGCCUACUUAGGUAUUCUAUUAGAUAGUAGUAAAAGCGUUACCAGCACCUCCCAGUCAAGCGAACAAUUCGAUAAAAGCCAUGAACCUACGUGUGAUGUUAUAGCAGAAUCCGUUCAGAAGAAAAUAUCUAAAAGUGUUGUCACUUCUAACUUGGAAAGCAUUAACACCAUAAGCUUCACAUGUGGAGAUCACUCGGUUAAGCAAAAAGUUGAAAAAGAUUCCGGUGAACUGUACUUAAAGGAAAUGCUAGAUAAAAUUACAAACAUUUUUACUAAAACUAGUAAAGAUAAAAAACAAGAUGUUGAUAAUAACGAUAAAUUGAAAAGAGUUAAGAAAAAUGAAACCGAAGAAAUAUUAAUUAAACACGUUAGUGAAUUUACGAACAAAAAUCUUAUACACGAAAACGUCAAAGACAACUCGCUUGUUAUUGAUCUAUCCAAGUAUGAUUUGGAACAUAUAUCUAUGUCCAGUGAACCAAAACUCAAAGAUGUUAUGUCAAUAACGAUCAAACUUAAAGAAAAGCCAUCCCAUUUCGGUGAAUCAAAAACACAACAAGUGAAUUUGAAAUUUUGCAAUAAUACACAGAAAUCAAAAUGUUCUGAUUCACAAGACGAUUUCAUAAAAAUUUUAGGUAGUAAAUCGUCGAAAAAGAUAUCUGAUCCUGUCGAUAUGAAUUUGAAUGCAACCUAUGAUAUAGGAACAAUUGCCAACAUAAUCGACCUUAAAAGGUAUACGAGUACAAGCGACGUCACUUCAAAAGCAUACUGCAAAAUUAUACAUGAAAGCGAACACUCAAUUGAUUUGUCAUUCAAUAGCAGCAAUUAUUUUAGAAAAGAACAAUCUGAUGAUAAUGAAGACCUUCAGUCGUGCUAUAUAGUUUCUUCGUUCAAGAAAAACUCUUUAACCACGAAAUUGCAAUCCAAAAAGAAAGUGCGUCUGAGAUCUAGCCAUGAACUGUCAAUCGAUACCGAAUCUCAAGCAAAAUCAUCUAAACAAUCUAGCAGCAACAGAUACCCCGUUGAAUAUUCUGUAUUCGAACAGCGAACACCAAGAAUAAUUGACGAGAAAUUCAUAUUAUUAUUAUUAGAAAAUCUCACUAUGCUUUCUAAGAAUAUACCUAGUCUUUAUAAAGAUCUGAAUGCAUUGUAUAUAAAAUUAAAAAAGAAACAUGAUAAGGUCAUAAGGAAUUGUAACAAUAUACAAGGUUUGAGUCUUUUAGGCAAAAUAUACAAUGAUGAUGACAAACCGAAUAAUCGUGAAACACAAUAUGAAAAGACUGAUUGUAAGCUCAGCUCAGAUGUUCAACUUAUUCGUAAUUACAAGGAUACCGAAAUGAACACUCUCUUAGUACACAAAGAUAUAGUGGCUUGUAGUAAAAGUGUAAAUACUUUCAAUAUACCUUAUGAUACAAAAUUUACUGACGUUCAAACAGAAUUUUCAGGACUAGAAUUUGCAAUACCGGCACUGAAUAAUAGGUUGCGUCCGCUGAAGAUAUCUAGUUCUCAAAUGACAUUUUCCAGCAAAGAGUUUUCGUAUGUGGACCACUCAUUAUCUUCGACAAAAUUUGGAAAGGCGCGUGAAAUUAAAGAUGAGGGAACAUCCGUGCAAAACUGGAACGUUCGACCCCCUAGUAAGGAAUGUGCUAUAAGCACCGUAAUAAAAACCGUUCUGGAUAAUCCUGAUAACAUGAAAAUUUAUCGCUUAACACGACCUAAAAAUUUUGAGAACGUCCACGUACUGAAAGCCGAUAAAGACUUCUUGAGUAUGAAUAAUAAUAAAAGUAACCACCAAAAAAGAGUAAUUUCUCCACCAAGGACAUCCAUUGAAUCACAAACAGAAAAACGUGUUAAAAUUGUGAAACAUAGUAAAUUGAAUUACCACUUUGUGAAUGAUCAUAAUGUAUAUCAGUUAGCUUUGAGUCAAAUGAGGAUACGAAAAUCUAGUUCUGCAACAAACUCUAUAGCCUUGUCAAAUAAUAUGAGUGAUGAUUUGAAGACUUUAUACAGAUGUCCCAGUGAACCUUCUUAUUGCUCUGGGCUGGUUAGCCCGACAUCGGCGACGCAGAGGGGCCUACAAGCCUGCUUCGUAUCGGGCACACCGGGAGGCCGCCUCGCUGGAUGGAUCAUAGAAUCCGGUGGACCGUUAGAAAAUGCAUCGAGGGAGUUGGGGCAGGCUCAGCUGUCUGUGCAGCAGCUGCAGCGGCUGCUGGAAGCGCUGGAACUGCAGCACCAGGUGCAUCACGACACUGACGUGUCAUUAGAAGGCGCCUCUCCCAACGUGAAGAAAGACCGUCGCAAGUUUGGACUACGCAAAAAGAAGUCCAACAGCAAAUGUGCCUCCGUGGAGCUCGCUCCACCACACAUAGAUCCCUCCAGUUCACAUAUGGCCUUAUCAGCCCUCACUGCACCUCCAUCACCGGGCGGUGGCGCAUCUUCUGUGCCCAACUCCGCCGCUUCGUUGCCAAUCGCUUGUGCAGCGGCGCGACCGCAGUCAUUACCGGGCGCCGAAUCGCUGGGAGGCGCCGCGGGUCCCGCUAGUCUCACCAGCUUGACGCCAGACCAUCAGCUUAGGGAAGAUUUUACGGUGCUGGCGAAGGACUUGGUCGCCAACCUGAAAAGCAUCGUGUCCACUUUGGUUAUAGAGAGGGGUCGUCUCCGCGCGGCCGUUGAAGCGACGGAGAGUUCCUCCCCCGGUGCUUUGUUGGCCGCGUUACGUACUAAUCUCAACUCAGCAUUACAUCAAAACAACGUUUACAAUACAGAACUGCGGUCCCGGCUGUCGCGAAUCCACGACGCUUCGGACUUGGCGGAGAUCUCCUCCAUGGGCGCUAAUUCGGAUCCUCAACAAGGCAACCGCCAGUUCCAGCAGUCGCUCAGCUACAGUUCGUCUUGUGUCUCCGCAUCUGAAUUCUUCGAUGCUGAAGAGCACGAUGAAGACCUCAAGCCGGCGGAGAUCAUAGCGGCAGAUGAGGCGGGUGUGAUAGAAUUAGAUGGCGACUCGUCUUCGGAAGGGGGCUCGCUGAGCAGUGAGGAGGGCUCGGCGAGCUCGGAAAACUCGGAUGGUGCUAUGCUCUCAGCAGAACAAGUCUCUCUACGUCUGAACCAGAACGGCAUCGAACCCCGUCCCGUGUCUUGCUGGACCCGUCGCACUUGCUUGCCCAGUCCUCGGCCCACGCCUGGUGGUCCCAGUUUAUGGAACCUCCUAUACAAGAACAUUGGGAAGGAUUUAAGCCAAAUAUCCAUGCCUGUGACUAUUAACGAACCGUUGAAUAUGCUGCAGAGACUUUGCGAAGAGCUCGAGUAUUCCGAACUAUUAGACGCGGCUUCAGAAUGCAAGAACGCCGUAGAACGUAUGGCUUUAAUCGCCGCUUUCGCAGUCAGCGCUUACGCCUCAUCAGCCCAUAGAGCCGCCAGCAAACCAUUCAACCCGCUACUCGCCGAGACCUACGAAUGUGUCAGAGACGAUAAGGGAUUCCGGUUCAUUGCCGAACAGGUAUCACACCAUCCGCCCAUAUCCGCUUGCCACGCGGAAUCGAGCCGUUGGUGCUUCUGGCAGGAAGCCCGGAUCAAGACCAAGUUCUGGGGCAAGUCCAUGGAGUUCCAGCCUGCUGGCAGAGUCCACGUGCGACUCACUACCACUGGAGACCAUUACAGCUGGAAUAAAGUGACAACUUGCGUCCAUAACUUGUUCGGGGGACAGCGUUGGGUCGAUCAGUACGGCGAUAUGCACAUCAUGUGUCACGGUACCGACAUCACGUGCAAACUCAACUUCAUCAAGGCGAGCUCGUGGAGUAGCAGUCGCCACGAAGUACGAGGAAUGGUGACCGGCCCGAGCAGGCUUCGUCUCCAGGGGCGCUGGUCCGAAGCCCUAUACGCCGGGGAGCCUCCCGCGGCCCGCUGUAUGUGGCGGCCUGGUGCGAUGCCGCCAGAACACGAAUUGUACUACGGCUUCACUCGAUUCGCGAUGGAGCUCAACGAAAUGGAGCCGGGCAUGCAGAAGAUGUUGCCGCACACUGACACGAGGCUACGGCCAGAUCAGCGCGCGUUAGAAUUGGGCGAUGUAGAUGCGGCGGAACAAUACAAGCACGAAUUGGAACAAGCGCAGAGGGAACGACGUCGCGACUGUCCAGAACAUACGCCUGCUUGGUUCUGUAAAAGAGUGGAAAGCGGCGAGGAGACAUGGGUGUUCACCGGCGAAUAUUGGAAGGCGCGCGAGACCAAUUUCCCUGGACACAGCGCGCCUCGCAUCUGGUGACUGUACCUAUCCGCCCCUGCCUCGCUCCGUGUCCCGCAGUGCGAGGUGCUCUGCUAGUGGUUGUGUACCGGUCGCUUCCUGCUUUAUUACAGCUUUACGAUUAGCCUUCGUCGUCAAUCAUAAUGUAAUCUCUUGUAUAACGUUAACUUUAAACUAAACAUGGUCGCGAACACAGUACGAACGCAUCUUCAGUCGACAACUUUAAAACUAGGAAAUAAUACUUUUUGUCAAUACAUAUAUAUAUUGACAAAUUUAUCUUUCAUCAUGCCGUGUCAAAACCAAAUUGUUUAAGCUAGUAUAAAAUAGCUUAUAUAUAGUGUGGUAUAUUUGGUUAAUUAAAAAUGCUGUGUGAAUGAAUAAAAAACCGAGAUUAGAAGAAAAAACGAAACAAUUUUUUUUUUUUAUGCUUUGAUUAUAGUGCAUAAUUAUGCUCUAUUUAUGGCCGACACAGUCAUACUGUGUUUACGGUACACUUAAUUAAAUAUUUGAGUAUUUAACAUCAUUUUAUACAUACUUACGUAAUCAUACAAACUUUAAUGCUGGCACUUCUCAUAACUGGCUUCUCGUAUUUGCCAUUUGUAAACUUGACACCAGCCUCAACUUUUCUUUCCCUGUAAACAAGGAUAUACUGCUAUCUAAUUGACAAAAUAGCAACUAAGAAUUGUCUGUCUAUAUUUGAGAUGAUUUUGUACUGGUUUGUAUAUUAAACGCCAGUUGACGACUUAAGAUGCGUUCUCAAACUGUCCCUUUAUUUGGAAACCUUUCUUGUCGAUUUUCUGUUCUACAAGAUCCAAGUCAGAAAGAUAGCCUUUUAACUAAAUUGUAGAGAGAAAUGUUUUCAAAUAAUGAGAAAGAUAGCCUUUUAACUAAAUUGUAGAGAAAUGUUUUCAAAUAAUGGCGCGAAUAUGCUUUUUAAAUAAGCCUUGUAAUCGAGAGAGAUUUAGUUUUAAAUUUUAUUUCAAUACAAUUAAUGGAUUACUGUAUGAAUUUAGUUACAUAACACAAAAAGACAUGAAGUUGCGUAAGAGUGGGAUACGCACCCAAAUACAUAUGUUUAUUUUUGUGCGGCUACUUAAGUUAUGUUUUAUCGAACCUUAAUUAAUUCUAUGCUGUGUCCGGAAUGUUAAAUCAAAAUGUGAUAAAGGGGUCAGUUUUAUUGAACAAUCUGAAUUUUAUUUAAAGUACAACUUUUUUUACGAAACAGUUGUUUUUGGUUAGAAUAUCUGUAAAUAAAGUGUACUCUCUCACUCGACUCGGAGACGUCAAUGUGACCCGUUGUCUUUUUCUAUCGCUAUUCCAAAGAAAGGGACUGCACUAUCGUUAUUCAACGAUUAAUUAGCGACGACGUUACAAUUAGAAAUGCAAUCAGACAGACAGGAGGGCAAUUUAAGAGAGCUACAUUAUUCCUGAGUGACGCAGGCUGUAUACUAAAAUAAAUUUCACCCGUGCAAAGCGGGGGUGAAAUCGGGGUAGUCCACUAGUUAAACGUGUAUGUUACCCAAUAGUAAAGGAAGUUGUACUUAAAUUAGUUUCAGAGCUUGCACAGCAAAAUUGACUUUAAAGACUAUAAUUGCCAAGAAUAGACAGAUUUUUUGAAUUAUAUUAUUUACAUUUUUACGAUAGCUGUUAGCAACUAUAAGUGGUAAGGUGUCAUCGGCAAAUAAUGAAAUGGAAACGUGAUUUUAGCUUAGUUUAUUUAUAUAAGUAUUCGUUAAUUUGGUUUUAUACUCAUUUUUAAGGGAUUUUGUUAUAAAAUUGAAUUAAUCAUGUAGGACACACGUUGUCUUUUUUUUUUAAGUUGUAUAGUUUUAUUUUCUUAUCUCUCUCACGAACGCGAGCUGAUUUUAGAUGAUAAAUUUAUAAUAAUACGUAAUAAAUAUAUUGCUUUAAAAGGACGCUAGCAAAGAUAGAUAAAGCAAGAAAGAGGAAUACUCAUUUUUUCGAAAUAAUGCAGAUACCGCAUCAUGAAACCUUUCUGUGCUUUCACUAUUCACUAAUUCAUAACACAGCUAGGAAUGUAUUAGUAGGACAAGGCAGGGAAAUAUAGUCCGUAGGUAAUACCUGUUUCAAAACAGCCAUUAAAGUCCCUAUAAACAAAGUAAGCAACACAAUUGUACAGUCAACAAAACAUCAAGUUGCCACAAAAUAUACAAUAAAUAAUGAAAAAUCUCAAUCUAUUAUGAAUCUUAUAGCGAGCACAUAAGGAUCAAAAUCAGUUUAGGAUUUUCGACAGUUUUUGAGAGUCUAAUCUGUGGUUAUUUGUUAUCUGUAUUGUUUAAUGUUUUAUUGUUUCUCGCACUGACUUAAGUUUCCAAUAAACAUUUCUAAAGUUGUACAUUGUUGAUUGGAAUCUGUUAAUUGCUUUUACUUUAAUCCUAAUGCUAUUAACCCCUUAACAAACAUUAAAUUAUAUUCUGCCUGUAUUACAAAUAAUUUUAACAUUUACCUUAUUUUGAUAGUUUAAAGUCUACUAGUUAAAAUAUGGUCCUCGAGUCGCCUUCGCUAUUUAUCUACGCUAGUGUUCUUAUUAUGUUAAUAUACUAACUGAAAAAUAUUGAAGUACAUAAUAAAUAAUAUAAAGUUAAAAUUUUGACUUAAUUGUUGAAUAGAAAAAAAACUAAUUUAAAUUUUACUUAGCUUUUAAGAUAACGUUUUCUUUUGAUUUCAAUGUAUACUUUUUUCGGUAUUAAAUGUUGUAAGUAUACAGUUUUAGAAUAUUGUGGCUGUGAAAUUGUUCCAUUACAAGAGAAAGUAAAGUAUGUUUUGUUCUACUAUUGUAUUGUAUUAAAACUGUUUUUGUUACUAAUCUUUUUUGUUGCUAUUUCUGUGACACGUAGGUAAUUAUUACUAAUGUUAUUUGGGUUAACAGUUCUACCAACCAACGAAUGGUUUUAAUAGACUAGCUUUUAUUGUAUUAUUAUAAAACAUAUACAAGUACAUUCUACUUAAUUAUAGAUUUAACCACCCUAAGAUCAAAUUGCCUUAAGCUAAGUUUAGUCACAAAAUCUGAUAAACAUAACACACUGUAAAGAAUUAUUAUUACACUUAAAACAAACUAUAAACCAACUUCUGGAACGUAAAGGAGUUCAUUUAAUUUCCAAAUGCUUUUUUUGAAAGUUCAAAUAUUUAUGAGUGAGUGAGUAACGAGUUAUUGGAAAAUUAUCAGAGAACCAAUCCAUACAGUCAAUCGCGUUGUGUAAAAUUUAUUUAUCCAACAUUUCUAACUAGAAAAAAAUCAAAGCGGCAGAGAUAUCAGGCUGGACUUAACCUUGCAGUAUAAGAAAUGCUAGAAGGAAUUAAAUAUGUGGCCGAGUUGAUUUUAAUAAAAAAAAGCGCUGUAUAUAAAAGUAAGCACUUAAUGCUUAAAUAAAAAUGUAAUAAAAGCUUUAUUCUUUCACCAUACAUAAUACGUUUCAUAAUCCGCAAGAUGGCGCUUUUGGAAUAUCAUACAAUUUAAUGUUUACGCAAACGCAAGUAACUACGCUUACUUACUUACAUGUUUACAAAAUUUGAUACCCAAAUACAUGAUAAUGAUGAAUUUAUAAAAAUCAAUUAUACAGAAUUGCAUAUACCGCAAAAUAAAUACAUGUACGUAUACAUAACAGCUGUUCACUCUUUAUGAAAUUGUCUUAAUCCAAUGAAAAUAUUAAUGGUUUGGUUUAAACGUUCAAAACUGAUUGCAGAAUUUUGCCAUUUUAUGGUGGCUUUGCGUGCUGUUGCUCGUACAAAAAAAAUGUUGUUAUGUGAAAAAAAAUCGUUAUUCCACAUUUAUUUUACAGUAAUCAUACGUAAAAUUCCAAAUUUCAUUUAUUUAAAAAAAUCCUUACAUAUAUUAUUGGUACUUUAAAAAAUGCUAGCGUAAAUGUAUUGAAUUUGAUAGUUUUAGGAAUGUACUCGAUCAAAGAGGGAACUUCAAUCGUGUUAUAGUAUUUAUAAUUUUGCGUGUUAGUUUACUACUCUGAUCAAUAGAUGGCGCUAAUUUUAUCACAAACAAAACUUAUUGUGUUCUGGCAAUAGGUACAAGUACUUUGGGUAACCCUAUUUAUUUUUUAUUGUACCCAAGAAAUGGUAUGUCAAUUACUCGUUAAGGAAAGUAUUGUAGACGUGUUUUAGAUGGGAAAUGUAGAACAGUUUACAUAGAGUUGCAAAAAUUAUGUCUUAGAGACAGUGGCAAGAUUUCUUAACAACCUACCUUACAACAGAAUACAAAGUGUUCCUUUUAAACUUCCAUAAUAAUUAAGUGCGCUUUACGCUAUCAUGCCGACACUUUGCUUGGCUAUUCGUGUUCGCUAUUUGUAAACCUGACAUCAGUCUGUCCUUUUCGUUUCUAAUAAAGCAUGAUAAGGACAGGUUGAUGUCAAGUUUAUAAAUAGCAAACACGAAUAGCCAAGUGAAGAGCCCGCAUCACAUAACUGCAUCACUUCAGUAGAAUCAUUAUAGAAAUCAAAUUAAAAAACCAUUUUUGUUAUUUUUACGUUAAAAUCAAAACUCAUAUUUGCAUAAAUUAUGAGUUGUUUUUUUCCACUUUAUCUAUAUUGUGCUUUGUACUACUAGCUAGGUGAAAGAUUUAUAUCUUGCGUUGCCGCGUUGUCGCAAAAAAUAAAAAAGUCACAAAUUAUUUACAUAAAAGAGUAGAACAAAAGUGAGUGAAUGAACGCGAUGUUAACCUGUUAUGUUUUAAUCUCAAAAAGUUUUUCGGGGUAUAUAAAAAACUAUGCAGCGUGGUUAGGGACGUUUUUUAUUAAAAAGAACCGUGUGAAAUUAAUCUUUUUAAAGGAGUUCUCAUAUGGGUGGAGUUUAAUUAUGUACUACUUCAUUACCUCCGAGUUCUGAAUCAGAUGUGUUUCCAUCCAUUGGUUUUUUUAAUAUCGCUCGCAAUGUCGGAAAAUCUUUAAUUUUUUACUAGAUGUAAAAAGGACUCAAAAAAAAGUUAGAGAAAUAUUUAAAAUUUUAUCAAUACUUAAAAAUGGAGACGUAUUUGAUUUAGAACUUUUUGCAAUAGGAAGGAAAGGAAACCUUCGAUGUAUAAUACCUGCACUUCGCUUGGCUAUUCGAGUUUGACUUGAUAUCAGUCUGUCCCUUUCAUUCCCUAUAAAUAAUGAGAAGGAAAACUGUUGACAAGUUUGCAAAUAGCAAAUACGAAUAAGUGAGGUGUCGGCAUAAAAUAACCAAACAUUGGAUUUAGAUCCUUCGAUUCGCUUCGUCUAUUGUAAGAUACUGUUAUGCUAGCACUUACAUGGCUUUUCGUUUUUGCUAUUUGUCAUUUUGACAACAGGUAGUCCUUAUCAUACUCUAAAGGAAUUGAAAAGGAGAUACUGUUGUCAAGUUUACAAAUAGCAAAUGCGAAUAGCCAUUUGAAGUGCUCGCAUUAGGCUAUCCUAUUAUAUCGGUGUUGUUGCUAGGAAAGUGAUAGUUACAUGUCUAGUUAUUUGUAUAUAAGUGAUAUGUUGUAUAUUCGUUUCUAUUGAUUUAUAUACAUUUCGUUAUUUAAUUUUUUGUGUACGCUUUGCUGCGUAAUACUAAUUAUAUUCGAGUUGUUUUUUUUAUUAAGUGGUUUUAACCAUGAAACUCAAUUUAAAAUAAUAAAUUGUAAUUAACCAGUUUAUUUUUUAUAUUUGCAUAAUUCGUAUUUCAAGAAAUAUCAGUUUCAUGCUUACAACCACAGCUUGCUUCUAAACAUUAAGUAAUGAAUUUUUUCUCUCUGUAUUUUAUAGAGGAUCGAUCGUAUAUAAAGGCUAAGAAUAAAUCGAUGUUAUUACUUGCUUUUCUUUGGUAUCUAUCUGGUAUACGGGUUAUUCUGCUAUGUUGUAUAAAAAAACGACAAAUACGUUAUUAAUAUAAAUUAAGUGUCAUUAAACAAUUGACAAUAAAAUGUUUUCUUGUAUAAAAACUAUUGUUGUAAACUGUCUGUUAUACCUACUUAUAUUAAUUAUGAAUUUAUAGUUACAUUGUAAUAAUUAUCAUUGAUGAAUUGUUAGUGAUUAACGCGACUUUUGAGUUAAAUUUAUGAUAUUAACAGAAUUUUUAUUUUCAUUUAGAUUUUUUUUGAUGUUCUCAUACUUGAAAAUAAAAGACGUAAUAUGUAUAAAUUACUAAUGGGUUUCUUUAGUUUCAAGAGUAAAAGUCAGAGCGUCAUCAAUUAUUUAUAACUUUUUUAUAUUGUGUCAAUCGUUGAAGUUUCCAAACUGAAAGUUGGUUUUCAUGCAGUCGAAACCACAUGGGAUCCCAGUGAGCUAAGUUUCGGAAUUGCAAAUCAGCAUAAAAACAAAAAUAUUCUUGAAAAACAGAAUUGCGUUCAAAUUGCAAUCGUUAACAGUUCUGCAAUAUGAAUAAAAUCUUGUAUUCAUUUUGUGUAUAUUUAUACUUAAAAAAGUACUUUACAUCUCGAAAUUACUGUAAGUACCGAUUGAAAAUUCGUGCGCAAAAUAUGAAUUAAUAAAAAAGUAUUUUCAAAAUGACGCUUAUGACAUGCUUAUCCAAAAGCUAUUGUGCUAAGAUUUAAUUUUGUUACUUAUGGAUAAGUUACAUAGCUCUUGGUGAAAAUUAAAACAAAUUAUAUUGAAAGGAACUUAGUGUUUUAUUUAUAUCCGCAAACAGGGCUGU